AUGUCGGGUCUUGAUUUUUUCACUUUCCAAGACAAGAUUCCAACCCGACCGACACAAUCACACAACACACCAUCACAGCCACACCUAUCCACAACCAACACCCACAUCGAUACCGACACCCGCCCGGUGCCGGAACGGUUAGCUCAUUCAGCCUCUGCCAGCGGCCUGCGACCAGCAUCUAACCUCCAUCCACCAUCGCCAUCCGCCAUCCACCAUCCGCCAUCCGCCAUCCGCCAUCCGCCAUCCGCCAAUCCCCUCAACCACCCCGGCAAGACUACCACGGAAGAUAUCCCCCAACCCAAAUCUAUCUAA